AUGGACUCACUCAAAAAAGUGCUUUCUAACAUUCUCGAAAGCGGUUCAUUCUCUGAUCUCACAUUAAUUUGCGGGUCAAAGAUCUUCAGAGUCCAUUGCUGUAUCAUCUGUCCUCAGUCGAAGUUCUUUUGUAAGGCCCUGGAUGGACCAUUUCAAGAAGCCUCCUCGCGAACAAUCACCCUUCACGAUGACGAUCCGUCAAUUGUCGAGAAGAUGUUGCAUUACCUAUAUGAAGCGAACUAUGAAGAUGGCUCAGCAUCGAGCCCUUUUGAAAUCACCUGCACAGACAAUCAAGAUGAAAUUUUGAGGCAAGAAGAAAGCACGAAAGAGUGUCGCACCUCCUCCAUCCAAAAAAACUCAAACACAUUUGAGCAGGGGAACCGCGCACAUAUUAAUGCCCAGAUGUAUGUCAUUGCCGACAAAUAUGGCAUUACGGAACUAAAGGAACUCGCAAAGGAAAAGUUUAAACUAGCUCUUGAAAGUGAUUGGCAAGAUUUGACAUUCAUUUCAGUGGUUGAAUUUGUUUAUGGUCCUACCAGCCCUACAAAUUCAGAACUACGGGGUGUGGCUUAUCCGGAUUUUGCAUACGAUUUCUUGGUGCUGACUAUGGAGAAAGCGCUUCCGUUUCAACAACAAUGUGACGAACAAGCUGCCGAUCAGGUGCCAGUUAUACCCACAACGGGCGUGUCCCUUUCCCCAUUAGCUUCGAGUCAUAAGAGUCGCAGUCGGCCUACCCGAGAAAAUUAUUGUGGCGUCUGUAAAAGAUCCUUUGUUGACAGAUCUGCUCUUCGUCAGCAUGAUACAGAUGCUCAUUGGUGGUGCACAGAUUGUAAUACAAGUUUUAGGUCAGUUCAAAGAGCUCGGACACAUCGUUCGAAGUCGGAAGGAAAUGAAGGAAUAAGCAGUCAAAAGAGAUAG